AUGGAACAAAACAAUAGUACUCAUGAUCAGUUGCAACUUCCUCCGGGAUUCAGAUUUCACCCGUCGGACGAAGAGCUCAUCGUCCAUUACUUGAGAAACAAAGUCGUUUCUAGGCCGCUUCCCGCGCCCUCCAUAAUCACCGAUAUCGAUCUCUACAAGUACAAUCCGUGGGAGUUGCCGGGUAAGGCUUCCUUUGGUGAUGAAGAGUGGUUUUUCUUCACUCCAAGGGACAGGAAAUACCCUAAUGGAAGCAGGCCUAAUAGAGCAGCUGGUUCCGGUUAUUGGAAGGCCACAGGAACAGAUAAACACAUUUUUAGUACUUCUUGUGGGACCAAAAGCAUUGGAGUCAAGAAAGCCUUGGUGUUUUACAAAGGACGUCCUCCAAAAGGAGUCAAGACUGAGUGGAUCAUGAACGAGUAUAGAUUGCUUGAUUCAAUGAUUUGGAGUACUACUAGUACUACAACUAAUCCCAAGAGAAAAGGGUCUAUGAGGUUGGAUGAUUGGGUGCUAUGCCGGGUUCGACAGAAGAGCAAUAACAACACGAGGAGCACUUGGGAUUCAGAUCGGAACUGCUCUAGUUAUAAUCAUGAUCAUGAUCAUCAAAAUCAUAAUCAUAAUCCAAAUCAAACAUGUUCUAAAAGUACAACGUCAACACCCAGCCAGAACCUGGAAAUGAACAUGAUCAUAGACUAUUUGUACAAGGAUUUUCCCAUGUUGCCCUACAUCUUUGCCACCUCUCAACAACCACUAAUUCCUUGUGUGGAAAAAACGACAGCUUCAAGUACUGUGAGCUUUCAGAGCAGCGAAAAUAUUAAUCCAAAACCUAGCAGUACCGGUACUUCCGUUUCCAGAUAUGAUGAUCAUGGUUUGAAGUGUCGUUGGGAUAUGGAUAUUCAUCAAGACCAGUCCAUCAAAGGUGCCAAUGAUCAUGAUUGGAGUUCCAAGAUCCAAGAGAUUAGUGGGCCAGUCUAUGAUCUGUAA